CGUUUCCUGCUGCUGAAACUAACGAUCUGCUACAAAAUGAACCAAACACCAUGUGAGCGUCUCUGUGUCAAACAUGUUUCAUUCACUAACAAACAAAAAAAGAAAAACGGAAGGUAGCCUAAAUAAUACGCAGAGUGAUGGAGAAUUCAGCGGUGAUGCGCAAUCUCGCCCUGCAUCAGGCCACAGACUGCACUCAUGAUGUUUAACAAAGGCGGGGCAGUGGAUUGACAGGACGAGAUGUAAUAGGCUAUAGUUACGUAUAAUCCUUUGCAUACAGGCGAUCGGAGACACAGACAUACGCACAGUAUAUUUUAUAUACAGGAUAUGUUUAUGGAAGUAGUAACAGACGAAUAUUAAACGAAAAUGGACCCUGUUUGCUGUGGUUCAGCCCCACGGAGAGCUCCCGUCGUCCCCUAUAACACCACGUCGGGCAGUUACUGCUGUCACCAGCGGUUUGUGUUUAUAAAGAGACGCAUGCGAUCUGUGGAUCUCUUUGAUAGGCUGCGCCACCCAAACGCACUGGAGUCACAUCAGCACUGUCCUGCGCUCACUGUCUUCUUCCGGGUGCCUGUGUCCUCUUACUGAAUUUUCCUUCAGCAGCUAUCUGUCGCACAGUUCUGCAUGUUAUCAUUUGCAGGGAGAAUCACGUUCAAACCUAGUGGAUGCAAAAAUGUCGCAGGAAUCUAAGCUGGACCGAUGAUCCCCUGCUUUUUUCUAAGGGACUCCACCCCAUCUGGAAUAUUCAGGUCCAGCGUGCAGCCUGAUAAAAUGAAUGUUGUGUAGUGGUUUUGUUGACAAGCCAAUUGCUUGUAGUUGGAGUAGCAGUUAAUUGCAAACUAUAAACAGUGUGGAGAUCCAGUCUAAGAUGCUACACGACUCAAAUGUCUUGGGGCAUGAGAGGCCCCUGGUCAUCAGAAUAUCAUUCACCUCCUGUGUUCUGGGCACUGUGUGUCUACCACUGCUUGGGCUAAUAACUUGUGUCUUCAUAUCAUCUGCUUUUCAUUUUGAGGACUCUACUGGUACACAUUGCCAGGUUCCUAACUACCUGCCAUCAAUCAGCGCUUCAAUAAGCCUCAGUCCUGAGUGUUACAUAUGGCGUUUUUGCAUCGGACUGCACUCAGCACCAAGGUUCCUUGUGGCAUUCACCUACUUCAAAUUUUACAAGACACGUUUUAACUCAAAGUCCCCGGAGAGUUCACUCAGCUGCUUGAACCUGGCCUUUUCUAUUUCUGAAAACCUUGGCCUUUUGCUCCUCACAUAUGUAUCAUCCAGUGAGACAUACUUUGUACAUAAGGAAGGCUUUGUCCUGUUCAUCAUCAGCUCCCUUAUCUACAUGCUAAUAACCUGUCAUUUGUGGAAAGCUAUUAAGAAGUAUUCAUUAAGUUCUGGGGAUGCCAAGUCUCACCACUGGAAGGUGCGGUUUUUAAUUCUUAAUGUAACCUUCUGUGCUUUUGCUGGAUUCUUUUAUUGGAAACACAACAUGUAUUGUGAAUCAGGGAGUUAUACAUUUUUUGCCCUGUUUGAGUAUCUUGUGGUUUUCUCCAAUAUGGCCUUCCAUCUUACAGCAGUGUGGGACUUUAAGAGCCAGGAGGUCAUGAUCAUUUCAUCCUCUGAAGAUAAAGACUUCUGACUAGAAAAAGGAUUUAGUCCUAAAUGUGCAACCACUCAGCCAGCUGAUGAUAAUAACCUUGAUCUUGCUCAAGAGGAAGUGUGGGAUGAAGACCUUUUCCACAUAUUUUCAUGAUGAUAUCUUAGGAUUUUAGAGGGUAUUAGUGUUACAGUAGAAAAGUGUGAUCAAUCAAGUACUCUAGGGUCUAAUCAUUUAGUUGUGAGUGUAUUUUUGUUGUGGUGAGGCCUUCACCUACAUAUUGUAUGUUUUAUAAUGUUACAUUUUAGGUUUUGUACAAUGUAAUCAUACUGUAUAUGUGCCAAAGAAAAGUCAAA